UAAAUCAAGAAUGGAUUCAUUAAAUUCAUGAUGUGGUACUUGACAUUAAGCAUCCCAUCAUGUUGUAGUUUUAUCAGAUAUAUACGUAUAUCCAUAUCGAUAAAAUUCAAAUUUUUAGUGAAAUAAUCAGAACUUGUUGUUUUAAUCAAUUUCGAUUGUUUUAACUGUGAUCAUUCGGUGGUGAAAGUUGUGGUUAAUGUUUAGUAGCAGUUUUAUCCUUUUAACCUAGAGCGUCAUGACAAAAGGAUAUGAUUUGGAAGAUUUGGGGAAAAAAGAAAAUAAAAAUGAGGUUGGAGAUACUUUAACAGAUUUGCCAGACGAUUUGGCCAAAGGGAAAUUCGACUUGAACGCAAAAUUAAAUAUAACCGAAUUUGAAUCAGAUGAAAGAAAAGCACAAGAACAUAAAGAAAAAGUGGUGAAGCCCCCUGAAGUUCCACCUGUAUCUUUUCUUGGUUUGUAUAGAUACGCAACAUGCGGCGAAAAAAUACUCAUGAUCUUCGGUGUCAUAUGCACGGCCGGCUCAGCCGUGCUAACGCCUCUGCAAACGCUGGUGUUCGGAAAUCUCCUAGGAGAACUGGUGUCCUUCGUGCAAAAUAGUAACGAUUCCAACAAGGAUCAAACCCAAGUGAAAGACCAAUUGAUAGACGCCUUUAGUCAUUUCGCUGUUGCAAACAGUUUGAUUGGCUUGGGAACGUUCGUUUUUACUUACUUGGCCACCGAAAUUUUUAACUAUGCUGCAUUAAAAUCCAUCAUUAGAAUAAGAUCCACAUACUUUAAAAAGGUUUUAAAUCAGGAUGUAUCUUGGUACGAUGUGAAUCAGACUGGAGAUUUUGCUAGCAGAAUGUCAGAAGAUUUAUUAAAGCUGGAAGACGGUAUAGGCGAAAAAGUACCAAAUUUUCUGAACUCCCAAUUCAUAUUCAUCUCGUCUCUGAUAUUGGCCAUGGUUAAAGGUUGGGAGUUGGCAUUGAUUUGCCUCACUUCAUUACCACUGAGUGUAUUUGCUAUUGGGAUAAUUUUUUUCUUUACAUCACGGUUUGGCAAAAAGGAACUGGAAGCUUACGGAAGCGCCAGCGCCAUAGCGGAAGAAGUUCUUACUUCAAUAAGGACAGUUGUGGCUUUCGGCGGUCAGCAUAAAGAGAUGCAAAGAUACACGGAAAAACUCAACGUUGCGAAAACGAUGAACAUCAAAAAGGCGAAAUUUUUCGCAUUCGGUUUCGGUUUAUUGUGGUUCUUCAUCUACGGAAGUUACGCUUUGGCGUUUUGGUACGGCACCAAGCUGGUAGUGGACAGACUUAAUGGAGGAAAUGAUGUUUACACGCCUGCCACAAUGAUAACGGUUUUCUUCAGUGUUAUGACUGGUAGCAUGAACUUUGGAAUGUCUUCGCCAUUUAUAGAAGCUUUUGGUGUCGCUAGAGCUGCAGCAGCCAAAAUUUUCCAAGUCAUAGAUAACGAACCUAUCAUAAACGCAUCCAAAAACAACGGAGAAAAAAUUGAAAACCUCAAGGGAAACAUCCAGUUCAAUAAAGUUUCUUUCAAUUAUCCAUCGAGAAAAGCUGUGCAGAUUUUGAAUGGUUUGACAUUUGAUAUAAAAGCGGGACAGACAGUGGCAUUAGUAGGAAGUUCGGGUUGCGGUAAAUCGACUUGUAUACAGUUACUGCAAAGAUAUUAUGAUCCUUUGGAAGGAGAGGUAACAAUAGAUGGGAAAAACUUGAAAGACCUCGACUUGACUUGGCUUAGAAACAACAUCGGUGUGGUGGGACAGGAGCCAGUUCUUUUCGGGACAACAAUAUUGGAAAACAUCAAGUACGGCAAGCAGGACGCCACCCAGGAGGAAAUUAUCGUAGCCGCAAAGAAAGCCAACGCUCACGAGUUUAUUAAAAACUUGCCCAAUGGAUACAACACUUUGGUGGGAGAAAGAGGUACCCAAUUAUCGGGAGGACAAAAGCAAAGAAUCGCCAUCGCUAGAGCCUUGGUGAGAAACCCUUCCAUUUUGCUGUUGGACGAGGCCACGUCUGCUUUGGAUAAUAAUAGCGAAGCCAGAGUGCAAAAAGCUAUUGAUUCGGUUAGCAAAUUCUGCACAACCAUCAUAGUGGCCCAUCGUUUAUCGACAAUCCGCGACGCAGACCUGAUCAUCGUGUUGUCCAAGGGCGAAGUGGUCGAACAAGGAACCCACAAGGAACUGAUGGAGCUAAAGGGAGAAUACUUCAUGUUGGUGACCACGCAGGUGAGCUCCAGCGCUCCUCCUUUGUCACCAACCGAGGAAGAAGAGAGCCCGCUCUUUGACGACAAAAGGAUGUCGGUGUUGGUGGACAGGAAGGAGAUCGAGCUGAGUUACGACGACGAAGUGCGCAGUAACGACUCGUUCUGGGCGAUUUUCCGGAAGCACAAGCCCGAGUGGUUUCAGCUGUGUUUGGGCAGUUUGGGCGCCAUCGUGAUGGGAUGCUCUAUGCCGACGUUUGCUGUUUUACUCGGCAAUAUCAUGAAGGUACUCUCAGAACCAAAAGACCAAAUCCAAGACGACGCCAACAUUUACUGCAUAAUGUUUGGUGUGGCAGGUAUGAUUGCCGGAGUUGCAACAUUCGUCCAGAUUUUCUUAUUUACCAACGCAGGAGAACAGCUAACCAAAAGAAUAAGAAUAGAGAUGUUCGAAGCUAUGUUAAGACAAGAGAUGGGGUUCUAUGAUAGAAAAGAGAACGGCGUGGGUGCUUUGUGUUCUAGGUUGUCUUCUGAGGCUGCCCAAGUCCAAGGGGCUACCGGACAACGUAUAGGCACCAUUCUACAAUCAAUCUCAACUCUGAGCUUGUCCAUAGGUUUGUCCAUGUAUUACGAGUGGCGGUUGGGAUUGCUGGCCUUGGCCUUUACACCGGUGAUAUUAAUUGCCACGUUUCUGCAAAGAAAACAAGCGGGCAACGAAGAAAAGGAUGGAAAUAGCUCUCUGGAAAAAUCAACAAAGUUGGCCGUGGAGGCAGUAUCUAAUAUAAGAACCGUCCUAUCUUUGACGUGCGAAGAAACCUUCCAUACGUUGUACAUGGAGGAGUUGAUAAAGCACAACAAAAAACAACUUAGAAACAGCCACGGUAGAGCUAUAGUGCUAUCUCUGUCCAGGAGUAUUAUGUUCUUUGCUUACUCAGCCUGCAUGUAUUAUGGUGGUUUCCUGGUCAGGGACGGAUUAGAUUACUCCAAAGUGUUCAAGGUAUCGCAAUCCUUAAUUAUGGGUACCAUGUCCAUAGCUAACGCUUUGGCUUUUACACCGAAUCUGCGUAAAGGUUUCAUCGCCAUUGAAAGAAUCACGCAACUGUUGGAGCGUGUUCCUAAAGUUUCCGAUGUAGCAAAACCAGUGAAUGUUAAUAUGCAAGGUAACGUGGACUUUAACAAAAUAGAAUUCGAGUACCCCACCAGACCGGACAUAAAAGUCCUUAAAGGCCUCUUCUUGUCCAUCGAAGAGGGAAAGACGGUGGCUCUGGUGGGACCCAGCGGUUGCGGUAAAUCCACCAUCAUCCAGCUAUUGGAGAGGUUCUACGAUCCCAACAGCGGCGCCGUGAUCGCAGAUGGCACGGAUCUAAAGAACAUCUCCAUGGCCAACCUGAGAUCCCAGCUGGGUAUCGUGUCGCAGGAGCCGAACCUGUUCAACAAAACCAUAUCGGACAAUAUCGCGUACGGCGAUAACUCCAGGGAAGUGCCCAUGCAAGAAGUCAUGGAAGCUGCCAAAAACGCCAACAUUCACAAGUUCAUCACUGAGUUGCCUUCGGGUUACGCGACAAUGUUGGGCGAGAAAGGUACCCAACUGUCCGGCGGUCAAAAACAAAGGAUCGCGAUCGCGAGAGCCUUAGUGAGGAACCCAAAAAUACUGUUACUAGACGAAGCAACCAGCGCCCUGGAUUCUGAGAGCGAAAAAGUGGUCCAAGAAGCCCUCGACAAAGCCAAGCAAGGCAGGACAUGCAUAACAAUAGCGCAUCGUUUGACAACGAUCCAAGACGCUGACGUUAUCUGCGUAAUCAACGAAGGCCUGGUGGAAGAGAUGGGAACACACGAGGAAUUGCUAAACAAAAAGGGAAUGUACCACAGGUUGCACAUGUUAAGCAAAGCGUCCAAAUAAUUUUUUAGUGUUGUUGAUAAUUACGUAGUUGUAUUAUUUAUUUUUUACUGUUGCUUAUUAAUUAAAUUAUUUUUAACAUUGA